GGAGGCCGGGAUAGGUGUGCGCCCGGCGGGACGCCCUAAACACACUUGCACGCAGCCUCCAGCAGAAUCUAGGGCUCUAGGGACUAAAGAGGUCUAGGGCAGUGGAGGCCCGAAACCCAGGCUGGUCUGUCCAAGGGAAAAGAAGAAAAAACGAAGUUUGGUACCAGAUCUUCGUUCCCUGCAGGACCCUGACAGUUGGACAAGUGACCUCCUCCAGAACACACGGAGAGUCUCCAGAAGCAGAGGCUUUAGGGAAGGAAAUUCUCAAUAAUCAGCUCCAGAUCCUGAAAAGGAGGACGAAGAAUCAGUGGCCAAAGCUAACCGUUUCAUACUCACACUUACCCUCCUAUCUCCAGGCCACCAUGUCUGCAGUAAACGGCACCCCUUGGGGGUCAGCAGCGGGGGAGGAGGUCUGGGCAGGAUCAGGAGUGGAGGUGGAGGACUCAGAGCUGCCCACCUUCUCAGCAGCAGCCAAGGUCCGAGUGGGAGUGACCAUUGUGCUGUUUGUUUCUUCGGCUGGAGGGAACCUGGCCGUCCCGUGGCCAGUGACACGGCCGCAACCCAGCCAGCUCCGCCCCUCUCCGGUCAGGAGACUCUUCGCCCAUUUAGCAGCCGCUGACUUACUAGCCACUUUUGUGGUUAUGCCCCUAGAUGCCACCUGGAAUAUCACUGUUCAGUGGCUGGCCGGGGACAUCGCAUGUCGGACACUCAUGUUCCUGAAACUAAUGGCCAUGUAUGCUGCAGCUUUCCUGCCCGUGGUCAUUGGACUGGAUCGCCGGGCAGCAGUACUCAAUGCUCUUGGACCCUGCUCAGGUGUCCGGAAGCUUCUGGGGGCAGCUUGGGGACUUAGUUUCCUGCUUGCCUUGCCCCAGAUCUGUUUUACUACGCUUGGCUUCUACCUCUUUGCAUCCUUCCAAUCUUACCUCCUUCAGAUUGGGGCAGCCCCUGCUGGUGAAUUUGCCCUCCGCCGCUCCUUUGACAAUCGUCCCCGUGUUCGUCUGGCCCCGAGACUGGCCCUGCUUGUCUUGCUGACCUUCAUCCUCUGCUGGCCACCUUAUUACCUACUAGGUCUGUGGUACUGGUUCUCCCCGAGCAUGCUAACUGAAGUCCCUCCCAGCCUCAGCCACAUCCUUUGCCUCUUUGGCCUCCUCAAUGCUCCUCUGGAUCCUCUCCUCUACGGAGCCUUCACCCUUGGCUGCCGAAGAGGGCACCGUGAACUUAGUAUGGACUCUUCUAGGGAAGAAGGGUCUAGGAGAAUACUCCAACAGGAGAGUCAAGCCCUUAGACAAAUGGAAGUUCAAAAAACUGUGACAUCAAGAAAUGCAGGAGAGGCCGGGCGCGGUGGCUCAAGCCUGUAA